GCCUUGGACCAACCCUGAAUAAAUAAUACUGAAUUAUGGGGAGUGCGGGCCUGGCGAGAACUGUCAACGUUCGGGAGCGUGAUGUGAGUAGAGAGAUAAUAAACACAUGAUUUGAGUUGUUCGUAAAAGUGCUUGCGUAUUUCAUAUACAUAUUCGAGAAUACCAAUUGGGAUUACCACAUUUGGCGACGGAGGAGAAUAUUCUUCAGAAGGAGGUAAAAGGUAAGAGUAAACAAAUGCUAAAACAUGAAAAAAAAAGAUUCUUUGUUUUUGUCAUUAAGUUGAGGUUAUGUCCUUGUUUGAUUCCCAGAUAAACUAAACUACGCCAGUAGUAGCUGCUAAAUGAGCAGCGGGUUCAAGCUACCGAAGCGUAGCGGCUGAAACUAAAACAGCGUGAUUCGAUACUGUCAAAGCGCAGUAGCUGUUGUAAACAGCGGAAACAAAGUCACUGGUGAGUGGCAGCUGCUAGUCAGCGGGUUUGAAAGCCAUUCGAAAUUGGCGGCUCGGAAGCGAAACUAUCUACCAGGGGGUAGAGGCUCUGAUGAGUCGAUUAACGAAGCCAUUGCGAGGUGGCGGCUCCAAUUCGGAAUCUGCAAGGAAGGUAGAUGUCCGGGGGCGAGAGAACUUCGGAAGUAGCAAAAUUGACAACAAACUGAUUGACUGGAUUUUACGACUGACACGAUGGAGAAGUGGGAUAUUCCGCAGUUUAAGUUCAAAUCCCUACCGCGGAACGUCAUUCGCGACGAAUGGAUCAAAUAUAAGAGGAAUUUCGGCUACAUAAUAUCCGCUACGAAGGAAACUGACAAAACGCGUAUUCGGGAUAUUUUGCUGGCGAAAGGCGGACCUGAUCUCCAAGAGGUGUUUGCAUCAAUACCGGGUGCUGACGUAAGCGAGGACACCGAAAAAACCAUCGAUCCAUAUGCGGUUGCGAUCGAGAAACUGGACUCGUAUUUUUCACCUAAACAGCACGAUACCUUCGAACGGAAUCGGUUUUGGCUUUUGAAGCCCAGUUCCGAAGAAAGCCUCGAAAAGUUUAUGCUGCGCUGCCAAGACCAGGCGAAUAAAUGUGAUUUUGGAAAAUCGGCGGCAGAGAGUAGAUCAAUCAGUGUGAUUGACAAAGUGAUCCUUUUCGCACCAAGUGACCUUAAAGAGCAACUGCUCCAACGUGAUUCCUUGAGCUUGGAUGAAGUGACCAAAAUUGUAUCAACAUACGAGUCCGUGAAGCAGCAAGCCCGGUCCAUGAGUAUUCCAACAACCGGCUCGGAAAGUUUCCCAGCGGCCACGAACCACGGUUACGAAUCGUCCAGUGGUGUGAGCAGAAUUCAGCAAUUCAAUCCAAAGGAAUGCACGCGAUGUGGACGCAGAGGGCACUACGGGACGGAUGUUUCCUGUCCAGCAAAAGGGAAAGAGUGCAACAAAUGUAAGCGAGUUGGGCAUUUCGCCACCCAGUGCCGCACGAAUUUUCCCGUUAAACGUAAAUACGAUGGACCCACCCGCGGCGGCAAGCGGUUUCAGCCAGAACGUGUUCGGGAGGUCGAGGUACGCACACGUGAUGAUGAUCGAAAAGAGAAUGUGUGUUCGGACCGAGGUUUCGACAAGAAUUUCAUAUUUCGCAUUAGCGACGGGGACGAACUGCUAUGGCUGAAAGUCGGGGGAGUAUUGUUGCAAGUUUUAGUUGACUCGGGGUGCAAAAAGAACAUAAUCGAUGAAAAAUCGUGGGAAUAUCUGAAAGCAAACAGUGCUAAAGUCUGGAAUCAACAGAAGGAGUGUGACGAGGUUUUUCUACCGUACGGUGAUCAAGCACAACCGUUAACAAUAUUGGGCAAGUUUCAAACACUGGUGGAAAUCGAAGAUGCGAAUCAUGUUUACGAGAAGGACACUACCUUUUACGUAGUGAAAGGUGGGCAGCAAUGUUUGUUGGGCCGGACAACUGCCACCGACUUAGGGGUGUUAUUUGUUGGUUUGCCUAGUUCCCACGGAGUGUCCAUGCUAGAGGUCACCGCAAAGCACCCGUUUCCCAAGAUCAAAGGGGUAAAGGUUAGUAUUCCCAUUGAUCAUUCGGUUUCACCGGUUUGUCAGCAUCCUCGACGACCACCAAUUGCACUCACGUCCAGGAUAGAAGAGAAAUUGAAUUCUUUGCUGGCGAAUGACAUUAUAGAGCGGGUUGAAGGUGGGUGCCAAUGGGUGUCUCCGUUAGUCACGGUGGUGAAAGACAACGGAGAUUUGCGCCUGUGUGUAGAUAUGCGUAGGGCAAAUUCUGCUAUUCUCCGAGAGCGACAUAUGAUGCCAACGAUUGAGGAUUUCCUUCCGCGAUUUGCUUCAGCUAAAUUUUUCAGUAGGCUGGACAUAAAAGAGGCUUUUCAUCAAGUUGAACUGGAUGAGAAAAGCCGCUUCAUAACCACCUUCAUCACCCACAUGGGGUUAUUUCGGUAUAAACGCCUCAUGUACGGAAUAGUCAUAGCACCAGAGAUUUUUCAACGUAUCCUCGAGCAGAUUCUCAGCCGCUGUAGUAAGUUCGCUGUCAAUUUCAUUGAUGACAUCAUGAUAUUCACAAGAACGAAAGAAGAACACGAUGAAGCGCUGAGAAUCGUUCUCGGCACGCUACGUGAAUACGGGGUACUGUUGAACAAGGACAAAUGUGUAUUCAAGGUGACAUCGUUGGAUUUUUUGGGUCACACGAUCUCGUCCGAUGGUAUUCAGCCUUCGAAUAACAAAAUCGAAGCACUAACAAAAUUCCGCCCACCUAGUAGUCAGGAGGAAUUAAGAAGCUUCCUUGGACUCGUGACCUAUGUAGGACGUUUCCUACCGGAUCUUGCUACCACGACUGCGCCUCUACGAGAACUUACACACUCUGGAGUGAAAUUUGAAUGGGGAAGCGAUCAACAACAAGCUUUCGAUAAGCUGAAGUGUAUGAUUGCAAAUGUCAAGCUACUGCGAUUUUUUGAUAACUCCCUACGGACGCGUGUAAUUGCUGAUGCCUCCCCAGUGGCUCUCGGUGCCGUUCUGAUCCAGUUCGAAGAUUCUACCGAUGACGCCCCUCGCCCAAUAUCCUAUGCAAGCAAAAGCCUUACACCAACUGAACGCAGAUACUGCCAAACUGAGAAGGAGGCUCUCGCAUUGGUUUGGGUAGUUGAGCGUAUUUCUUGCUAUUUACUUGGCCGUACCUUCGAACUGGAAACGGAUCACAAGCCGCUCGAAGCGAUAUUUAAACCAUCUUCCAGACCUUGUUCUAGAAUAGAGCGAUGGGUGCUUCGCUUGCAAUCCUUCUCUUUCACUGUAAAGUAUCGCAAAGGCUCAAGCAAUAUUGCUGAUCCGCUGCCUCGACUAGUUGUUGAUGACACCAUCGAAGAAUUUGAUGCCGAAAACAAGUUUAUGGUGCUGGCAGUUAUGGAGUCGGCAGCAAUCGAUGUUCAGGAGCUAGAGGAGUCGAUGGAAGGCGAUGCGACAUUGGUAGCAGUAAAGCGGUGUCUGCAGUCAGGAUCUUGGGACGAGCUGGAGGUCAAACCAUACGUACCGUUCAAAAGUGAGUUAGGAUUGGUGGGAGAGUUGCUGGUUCGCGGUGAUAAAUUGGUUGUACCGUUGAAGCUCCGCUCAAGGAUGUUAGAUCUAGCUCACGAAGGCCAUCCGGGCGAGUCGGUCAUGAAACGGCGUCUCAGAGACCGGGUUUGGUGGCCCGGAAUGGAUCGCGAGGUCACGAAUCGAGUUACGCAUUGUGAAGGAUGCCGUUUAGUGUCUCUGCCAACCAAACCUGAACCAAUGUCCCGACGACCAAUGCCAAGUAAACCUUGGGUUGACAUAGCGAUUGACUUUCUGGGACCAAUGCCGAGCGGAGUGUACCUUUUGGUGGUCAUCGAUUAUUAUAGCCGUUACAAAGAAGUGGAAGUAAUGAAUAAGAUUACCGCCAAGGAAACUGUUAACCGGCUCAACACCAUCUUUACUCGUUUGGGCUACCCGCGAACAAUUACUUUAGACAACGCGAAACAAUUCGUGGGACUUGAACUGGAGGAAUACAGUCGCAAACACGGUAUCCAUUUGAACCACUCGACUCCAUAUUGGCCACAGGAGAAUGGUUUGGUCGAAAGGCAGAAUAGGUCUCUGCUUAAACGACUGCAAAUCAGCAAUGCGCUCGGAAGAGAUUGGCAUCAGGACCUUCAAGAUUAUCUGGUGAUGUACUACACCACUCCGCAUUCCACCAAAGGACGCACACCUUCGGAGCUCAUGCACGGCAGAACAAUUAGAUCAAAAAUUCCAACUUUGCAGGAUAUCGAAACAACUCCAACAACAUCUGAAGUGGCAGACAGAGACCGAUUGCAGAAACAAAAGGGGAAGGAGAAUGAAGAUUCGCGCAGAGGAGCAAGGAGUUCAUCCAUUGAUCUUGGGGAUAAGGUGUUGAUGAAAAAUCUUCUGCCAGGGAACAAACUGCAAACGACAUUCGGCUCGAAGGAAUUCAAGGUGAUUGAUCGUUCGGGACCGCGAGUGACGAUUGAGGAUCCGGAAAAUGGUAGAUCGUACGACCGGAAUGUGGCACAUUUGAAAAGGAUUCCUGAGAAUACUCAAACGCCCUCAGCUGCCCCAGUGGAUACUGAACAAAUUGGGGUUGCUGGAUGUACAGAUUUCCAGGAAGCAGAGGAUGACACUUCAGAAGAGGAUUUCGCAGGAUUCGAGGCAGAGGAGCCGCCUGUCCAGGUACUUGCCAGGAAAUCGCCUAACCAGUCUCCUGAGAGGAAACAGCGUGCCAGGAAGUUGCCAUCGAAAUUUAUUGAUUACCAGCUUUGAUUUCUUAUUUUGUUAAAAGGGGAGAUGUGGUGCCUUGGACCAACCCUGAAUAAAUAAUACUGAAUUAUGGGGAGUGCGGGCCUGGCGAGAACUGUCAACGUUCGGGAGCGUGAUGUGAGUAGAGAUAAUAAACACAUGAUUUGAGUUGUUCGUAAAAGUGCUUGCGUAUUUCAUAUACAUAUUCGAGAAUACCAAUUGGGAUUACCACAAUGUUUCUGGAGAAUUCUAUUAGAAAUCUUGUCUGAUUUCUACAAAUAUAAAUUCUUUUGAAAUAAUUGAAUUUUGAUUUCAGUAAGGUAUUCUCCAGGAAUCUUUGGCAAUCGCGAAAAAUCUAUUCAGUAAUUUACGAAUAAUCUCUAAAUAUCGAGUACAGGUUCUCCCUGUAAGCUUUCCUACACUCUCUUUUCAUUAGCGUAACGCCCAAAUGAGACAAAGCCCGCUUCUCAGCUUGAGUUCUUUGAGCACUUCCACACUUAUUAGCUGAGAGAUUCCUCUGCUAAUGACCAUUUUGCAUGCAUUAUCGUGUGGCAGGCACGAAGAUACUGUAUACCCUAGAAAGUCAAGCAAAUUACCUUUACGAAAACAUCCUUGACCGACAAGGAAUCGAAUUUAGGAAAGAACCUUUGAAUAGCAAUCAUGGUUAUUGCAUCUUAAAUUUAACCCAGAUCGAAGCGAGAAUAGAAUCUGAAUAUCUAUUCAAGAUUUAUCCACUUCUC